AAUUAGAAAAAAAAUCUAAAAACAUUUUAUACUGAAAUACCAAGUGUUGCAUAAUGUUCGAAAUAAAAAAGGUACAGCGCAUGGUCGAUGAAAAGAAGCAGAACAUUAAAAUGCAAGGAAUAGUCUCAAUUUUCGUUUGGUAAACAUUAAUGUGAAAUAUGAUCUCAUGUCAUUUCUCAGAUCACGACAUUAAUGAUCACGAAACAUAUUGAAAGUUUUUGUAAAAUUUGGGAAAACUAAGAAUUCUGUGCAUUUGUUCUAAGUUCAACAACCUGAUCAACAUGCUGAAAACGUUGUCGUUUUUCCUUGUUUUUGUCUGUGUUGUUAGUGGAAAUGAGUCAUGUGGCCGGAAAGAGAUGGAGGACACAAUAUGCAGUCUCUGUGGACAGAGGGGUGGAAGUCCAUUUACUGGAUAUGGUAAACAGAUUGCGUUUUAUGCAUAUAUGUCAGGUAACGUUUACAUCAGUACACUAUCCAAACACAAAAUAUUUGUUUAUGAUCGAGUCGAAACAAAUAUUGGAAACGGAUAUGACGUCAAAUCUGGAAAAUUUACCGCUCCAGAAAGUGGGGUUUAUGUCAUACACACAACGACGGUUGCCUACGACAGAUCUUACAGCAUUAUCGAAGUCGUGAAAAAUGGCGUCAUAAAGGACAUAGGAUUGGCAGACGCCUACCACCACGAUGACAGAGCCGCCUCCUCUACCUUAACCAUUUUGAAUUUGAAGAAGGGAGACGUUGUAAAUACCCGAGUUGGUACAUACUUUCGUGGGAAUUAUCUAGAGAGUAUUACUUGGGCCCGAAUGAGUUUUUCUGGAUUUAAACUCAUGUAAAGAAAAAAGUCUAUAUAUAAACUCGUGUAUUUAUCAGUCUGAGGCAAUACUUCAUGGCUUGUAACAAAUAAAUAGAAUGAGCAUGACAACUAA